UAAAAGUCCAAAUGGCGCUGCAUCUUCAGUCCUCUUCGGAAUACUUGUAUGGUUUACUAAAAAGUUGUGUAUAAUAAUAUACAAAAUAAAUUUUAAAUCGAUAUUGUUAUAGUUUAAUAUAAAAUUAUUACAUUAAUAAUAGCAGAGUAAAGUAUAAAUAAAUAAAGAUAUUAUUAUCUUUUAAUUCUAAUAAUAAGUUAUUAGAAUCGUUUUCAUUUUUUAAUAACAUUUAACUCUGUCUAAAUAUAUCACAUUAUACAACAUGAACACUAUUCGAUGUUCUUUGCAACGACUCUCAUUAAAUAAUAAAUCUUUUCUGAAUGAACUUGUUGGAACAUUGAGUAGAUCUAUAGUAUCAUCUGGUAAACUUUUUUCAUAUGAUAAAAAUUUGGAUUACCAAGAUGAUGAUGUAGAGGAACAUGAGAACGAUCAGAAACAAUUUAAGUGGUUAGAAUAUAAUAACAAAUUUUUUCCUAUACAAUCACCAGAUGAGGAGAGAAGACCAGCGUAUGUAUGUCAUAUGAAGGAAAAUGUAAAAUACAGUCCAAAGAAACUGUGGUAUAUUGCAUGUUUCGUCAGAGGAAUGACUGUGGAUGAAGCAAUUAAACAGUUAAGUUUUAUGCAUAAAAAAGGCGCAGUUAUUGUAAAAGAAACUAUUUUAGAAGCGCAGAAUUUAGCUGUACUUAAACAUAAUGUUGAAUUUAAAAGUAAUUUGUGGGUUGCUGAAUCUUUCUGUGGUAAGGGUCUUGUAUAUAAAGGAAUAAGACGUCAUGCUCGAGGACGGAUGGGAGAAGUACGUUACAUGUAUUCUAAUUACUUUGUACGCUUGGAAGAAGGAAAGCCACCUGAAAAUUAUUAUUUGCCAGUUCCUAAAACUGGUGAACAACACAUAGAAAAUUGGCUAAAACAAAUGCGAAUGCGUAAAAUACCAAAUUCCUUGUAAUUAUUUCUCAAUUUUUCAAAAAUCAAUAUAUAUAUCUCACA